UUAAGUGUGGCUUACCCUAGUUGCAAACAAAGUGUAAAAAUCUUUUUUGGCAGAAAUUGCAGCAAAUGUAGGACAAAAUAACUUAAUUGAACCCUGAUUUGCCAAGAACGUGUUUUCCUGAAGGGUAUAAAAUUGACCUUACUGAACUAGUGGUACGGUGCUUCAACAGUCAUGACUUUAAAAUCCUGUUUAUCUGGCCAGUUAUGUUCUACCACAAAAUUCUACAGAGAUACAAAAUGGUGUGCUCUCUAACAAGGGCUAACCGGACUCUAGAAAUCGUAGGGGUUAUCUCACACAGCUGAAUAUAAAUAAAAUGCCAUCCGAUACAGAUGGCAUAACUAAAGUUACCAACGCUAAUGGCCAACUUACUUGAGGGUUAAACUCAAUCCAAGAACCACAGGUUAUUCCCAGAGGUACUUGUUGGUUUGGACUGGAUAAUCUGUUUGUGGAACAGUUUAAACAAAGCAACAUGGUUGGCUAUUUAAGAUAAGAUGUUGUGUUAACCGUUAAAUGUGAUAACUUGAUACUUUUCUAUCUGCCUUGACUCGUAUGCCUUAAUAUAUCCUCAGGUUGACGUAGAUCUUCUGCCUGAUUAGAGGAAUGUUUUUAUUACUUAAAGGCAAACCUUUCUGAAUGUCCUAAUUCUUAAAACAUUUUCCAGGUAAAGGGGGACCAUAUGGAUCAUGAUCACAUGUUCUUCUCCUUGUAGCAUUUGGCUGAAAUAAGGAUGUUUUACUCUGAGACAGAAGGUUCUCGGUUUCAACUCUUCAUUUAGACUAGGAACACUUUAAGUAAAACACCUAACCCCUACAUAUAAAACAACAUAGAUUAACAAAUCUCUCAUUGGUCACCUUAGAUAAAUUCAUAUGCUAAAUUACUUAGUAGGUAUUAUUGUCGUCUGCCCCAGAUUGAGGUCAACAGGUUUGGUUAAUUAGUCGUUAAUUGAACUGGAGUGAACAACCCUUUAAAGGAGCCAGAGUUGGAUGCGUUAAACACUCAUUUGUGGAGCAGCACCUUAAACAGAGCAACAUGGCUGGACAUACUGUGAGCUCUUUUGGGUUUUUAUGCAUCUCCUGUCUGAUUGGAGGUGUCAUUUCACUACCACUAAAAGAGUUUAGCUCAAACGAUCCUUUCCCAGCAUGGAGUGACUUCAGCAGUCCUGGCUCUGCUUAUCCCAAAGCUGGUGACGGAGGCAUGGUGUUUCCUUAUGGCAGAGCAAUGCAAGAGUACUACGGACAAGAGCCUUCAGCUUGGUCCAAGCAGAACAGUGACGCUAAGGCUGAUGGAGGGGUCUACUCAAAUGAAGGCUCGGAUAUGGAUGCUGGAGACUCUGUCUGGGCCAAGAACGGUGGUAUGGACUCUGGUAGUGACGGUUACUACCCUGUUCCUGAAGGCUACUCUAAGGAGCUAGUCCCCUCCAUGGAGGAGGAGACCCCGGAAGAGGAGGAGGAGCCCGUGUUGAGCGACGUCUCUGACCUGGAUCCGGUCUACCACUUCAGUUCCAGGUCCCGCUACCAGCAAGGCAGACAGGCCUUCUUCCUAACCAGAUACAACCCCGGAGAGCCUACGGUAGGCUCUGCUGACAUGGCAGACCCCAACAGUAAUGGAAUGGGAAAUGGUAAAGGAUGGCCAGUUGUUGCAGAAGAGCCUGGGAAGGGUGGCUACUGAUCAACUGCAAUGUCUUAAUUUAUAAUGGCUGUAUAUGAAUAAAUGUUUGCCUUUGAAACCUA